ACAACAUGUCAUUUUUAAAAACAAGAAUGCAUUAAGAAUUCAUUUAUAUUGUGAUGAAUUUGAGUUAUGUAAUCCCAUUGGGGCUCAUCGCUCAGUACAUAAGCUCUGUGCAUUUUAUUUCUUUUUAGGUAACAUUGAAGAGCAAUAUAUUUCUCAACUUCAGAAUAUAAAUUUAUGUAUUCUUGUUAAAGAAAAGUUUAUAAAAAAAUAUAAAACAUACAAACAGGUUUUAAGACCUUUAAUUCAGGAUUUGCUGACAUUGCAAAAUGAAGGUAUAUUAGUUACAGUUAAUAACAUGCAGGUUCGAUUGUUUGGACGGGUUGCAACUAUAUCUGCUGAUAAUCUUUCCUCUCAUGCACUUGCUGGUUUUCAACAUGUUUUUAACUCUGGUCGUUUUUGUUGUCAUUGCAUGACUUCUUAUGUUAACAAAAAUAAAAUUUUGGCUGAAUGUGAUACAACAAUUCGUACCAAUGAAAUGCAUCAUUAUCAUUUAGCUGCUAUUUCUGGUCUAGGUCGCAUUUCUUCUAGUGUGUACGGUGUUGAUAAACGCUGUCCUUUAUUAGAUUUACCAUACUUUAAUGUUUUACAGUCUUUUCCACCAGACAUCAUGCAUGAUAUGUUAGAAGGAACAGUUCCACAAUUAGUAAAUUUAAUUUUGUUAAAAUUUAAAGCACUUGAUAUAAUUACAGUAGAACAGAUUAACACAGAGCUUAACAUUUUUGAAUUUGGCAGAAAUGACAGAAAAAACAAACCAGUACCAUUUGUUAUCUGUACUGGUGCGUCUAUUAACUUUGUUGGUUCAGCGUCACAGAAGUUUUGUAUGUUUCGGUUACUACCGUUUAUGAUUGGUAAUCGCAUACCAAUAUCUAAUGUGUAUUGGUUACUGUACUUGCAGCUGCGAGAUAUUGCUGAUUACGUACUUGCUCCAAAAAUUUCAAAAACUUCUUUAUCAUAUCUUCAAUUUUUAGUGGAGCACUUUUUGCAAAAUUUUAUUGAGCUUUUUCCUGAUAAUUUAACACUCAAGUUUCAUUUCAUGCUCCGUUAUGCUCGUCUGAUUAAUGAAAAUGGACCCCUGAGAUAUUUAUGGCGCAUGCGUUUUGAAGCUAAACAUUUGUACUUCAAAAAGUUAGCUUCUUGCAUUAGAAAUUUUAAAAAUAUAGGUUUUUCUCUUGCAAAGCGACAUCAGCUGAGACAGUGUUGGGAGAUGGCAUCUUCGGUUUUUUUAAAUGAAAAGUAUGAAACAUCUAAUCUAUGUUCAGUUACCUUUGAUAGUUUAGCAACUUGUCUUCAAGAAAAGUUGCUGUCUUUUUUUUUAAUGAUAUUAUUGAUAAAAAGGAAACAGUUUGGAAGUGUAAUGCCAUUGCAAUAAAUAGAAUCCAAUUUCAUGUUCAUGAUACCGUUAUUUUAGCUUUACUUCAUGCAGAAAAAAUUCCUUUAUUUUUCAAAAUUUAUAAUAUUAUUCAAUUUCGCCAACACUGUGUAUUUUGUGGUAAGUUGCUAAUUUGUGACAAAUAUAAUGAGCACUUGCAUGCAUUCAGAGUUAUCGAAGACGAAACCUUGUCAAUAUGCUUGCCAACAGAAGUUUGUGAUUAUCAACUUCUAGACACAUAUGCAAUACAAGAUGGCGACUCUUAUAUUACGCUCAAAUAAUUGUGUUUUAAAUAAAUAAAAUAAAUAAAUUCUGAAAGGUUUUUUUGUUUUUGAUAUAAUCUGCUGCACAAAAAAAGCACACAAUAUAUAUGUCAAAUUUGUUAAUCAAGCGAUUCACAAACAAUAAUAUUGAUAGAAAAAUGUAGUCAAUAAUUACUAUUAAUAACUUUACUAUUAGUACUCUAGAUUUAAUAAUGAUAAUAAAGAUAAUAAAAUGAUAAUGAUAAUAAAAAUAAUGUUGUAAACAUGACAAAAUGAUUUUCAUAAUAACAACAAACAUGACAGAAGUUCAUAAAAUCUCUAUAAUUUUAACUUUGCAAAUAUAAUAUUUCAGUUAUUCCUACUGUACUUUUAUCAAUUUAUAGAUUAUUCGCAACAUUAAGUUUGUUGAAAAUUGUUAAAAUAUAAAUAUAAAAUUGCCCAAUGGUAUUGUGAUAUUUUUUUCAAUAACGAUCAAGUAAAGAUAUGUAACCCUAAAGUUUAAAAUUAAAUUAUAGUUGGAUAUUUAUAACGAUGUUUAAAGCUCAUGUUAAUAACAAUUUACUUUUAAUGUAGAAGAAGAAAUCGAUGGAAUAACGUUGUUGAGUUUAACAGAAUCAAUGGUUUCAAAUUUGUGUGUAACAAUGCGAAAGCAAGUUAUGUUGUUGGAAAUAAUAAAGAAUCUUCAAGCACCGCCUGCACAACAAGUUAAUUUAAAUGUGUCUGACCUUGGCGUACUUCAGAGUAGUGCAUCAGAAGCAUGUUACUCUGGUGUUACUCUAGGAAUAUUUUAGUUGGAUUCAUUAGAACUACGACACCAUGGCCAGUUCGGUAUCAACUACCUAUUUUACCACCAGCAGUUGUUAGAGCUUUGGAAUCCAAAGACCGUUGCUUUCUGCAGUAUAGGAGGAACAGCUGCAGGAACCAAUUGAUACAAUGUUUAUAUGAUGACAUCAACAAAUUUACAUUGUAUCUAUCCAGUACCCAAUUUUCAGAUGUGCUUGCCACCAUAUGUAGCAAGUAUCCAUAUUUAAAUGACUUCCCUUCAAGGAGUGGUAGUUCAUCACAACAAUACCUACUAUUGCCUACGCUAUUGGAAAGUCUAAAAAACAAGUUCAA